AUGGGUGCUUUGCCCAGUCGACUUGUGCCUAGAGGUCCCAAAGCAGAUGACAGGCUUGUACAGGGCUUCGAGGACAGGAACCUUGAGCCCUACGAAGUUGUGCUGAGUCGUUCUGAGUACGAGGCGUGGGGGCUGGCCUGGAAUGUGCGAGCUCAUGCUGCCAAGCGAUUACAAGUUGCUGGCGUGGACCCAUGCUCACCGGCUGGCAGAUGGAAUCAAGGGCAGCAGGCAGCGGGUCUCCGUGGCAUUCGCAGAGGAGAUGAGCUCUUUGAGGUAAAUGGCUACUCAGGUCACAGCGGCAUGCGAGAACAGCUAUCAGCCUCACGAGCUGCACGGCUUCUUUUCCGACCAGAUUCCCAAGACUUAGCUAUCCCAAAGCUGCACCCAAUGGAAUCGAAGAUCGGGCCAGACUCCGUCAAAAACACCUUCAUUCACUAUGGCAACAGCCGUGAUGAUGCCGACACAACUGAUGACAUUCAGCCACGCCGGCUUUCGCUUUCCGACCCGCUCCCACUGUCCAGCUUGCCCAUGCAGUUGGAGGACGACAGGCUAAGCGAAGCCUCUUUUUAUUCUGUGGACUCUUGCGCUUCCUCGUUGUCGCGAUCAUCGGGCUCGCAGAAUCAGCCGUCCAGUGGUAGAUCUUGUCCAUCUACAGACUGGGAGUUUCAAGGCUACCAGUGCAGAGAUGGACAGAUGCUGCCACCCUUUGCGAGGUCUGGAUCCAGUGAGCAGGCAUCGAGCUCAUCUGGACGAGGAAAGCGUCGAAGACGUGCCAGUGCUCCUGCUUGGCAGCUAGCUCCCAUGCCAGUGCAACCGGCACAACCAAUUCAGCCGGUGCCACCAUGCCCGAUGCCAAACCAAAUGCAGAACUCGCUUCCAAGCCAAGUACCGUUUCCUCCAACGAUGGUGCCUGUGAUGGUUCCCCUUGUUGGAGCACCUCCGGGGCAGCACUUCCUAGCGAUGGCAUCGAUGGCACCGAUGGCCCCCAUCGCCCCCAUGCCCAGCGUGGGGGUGGCAGUGCCAUUUCCGAACGCACCGAUGGCGUCUGAGACGGAGGUGCCGUGCCAAAGCUUUGAUCGCCAGGAGGUGUCAUUGGAGCCCCAAGAGGUCGAUCCAGGCGUAGAGAAAGUAUCCGACUUGAGCAACCAGGGCAACCAGGGCGACCGGGGCCAGGGUGGCCAGGGUGACCAGGGUGGCCAAGGUGGCCAGGGAGAGGGCGACCAGAGCAGCCAGCCUUUGCUUGGAGCUCAAAUGGCUUGCCAAAGAGAGGAGUUUCCCAAGCUUCGCAAGAAGCCCACGCGUCGUGGUGGGAAGAGAGCUCGGCAUCGACCUUGCCAUGCUGCCGGUGCGGCCAUGGAGUGGGCCUCCAGCGUGGGCAGUGCAGAGACCCCAAGCUUUGGGGAGCCUGGCUCAGGUGAAGAGGCCGAGGGUGAGGAUGAGCUUGAUGGGCCCGAUCCCAAAGCAUUGGAUUCGGUCCCUGUGUCCAAGCCACGCUCCUUCUAUCCCCUGGCAGCACGUUUGCGCGUAGCGAGCGCUGGCCAAAAGCCCAAAGGCGCGGAUGAGCCAAAUGCUAUAGCAGAAGGCUCCAAAGGCAAGCCCAAGGAAAGCGGGUGUGAUGAGGUGGAAUGGGCAAUCAAGGAGCCGGAGGAGUGGCCAGUGCGUCGUAUCGAAGCCAUAGAGGAGGUGGAGCCAGAGCCAGCUUCUGCUUCAGAUGUCUCAGACCUUCCUCAACGUGAGCCUGCACGGAAAGGCACUCCGGAAGCGUGCCCAGAACCACAUCCUCGAGUGACGGACCUGGACUCCGAACAAGUUAUAGGUCGAAGGGUGCAGAUCACUGGGCUGACAAAGACGCCAGAGUUCAACGGUCAAUGGGGCAAGGUGACCCACUUUGAUGCCACCUGCGAGCGGUACUCUGUGCAGCUUCUUCCAGCAGAGGGCAUCCCCAUGAUCGUCAAGCUUCGAGGAGAGAACCUGCACAUGCCUGCGGUCCUAUCGCUGCGAUUUGAAGAAAGCCAGGAGAAAGAUACCUGGCAACCAGCCUUAAGAGCAGUGCUGCUUGGCCUUGCAGGUGGAGGUUGA